ACGUAAAUAUCGGGCUCGUGACGUGGAAUGUGUUUUGGCAGCUAGUUAGUUCCAGUUAAAUUUUUUAGCGUUUACUUUACAGAACAAUUUUUUGACCAAUUAGUACGUAAAUAGAAAAUGUUAGACUUUGUGGUCAUAUUCACAAAAGGCGGCGUUGUGCUCUGGAAUUCAAAUGAAUCCGGCAAGAACUAUGCCUCGUGCAUCAACAGCUUAAUACGUGGCGUCAUUCUAGAGGAGCGCAAUACAGAGUCCAAGUACUUUGAGGAGGAUCAUUUGGCCGUACAAUUUAAGCUAGACAAUGAGCUCGAUGUGGUUUAUGCCGCCGUCUUUCAAAAAGUCAUCAAGCUCAACUAUUUGGAUAGCUUUCUAGCAGAAAUGCAAAGUGCGUUUCAGGAGAAAUUCUCCGGAAUUGCGGCACAGGAGCGACUGGCAAUCGACUAUGAAUUCGAGCAAGAGUUCCGAACGGUGCUCAGCGCCGCCGAGGAGGCAUCUCUCAAGCAGGGCAAAGCACCUAAAGCGAUGCGCUCUUACAACGAAUCGCAGAAGUCAAAGAAAACCGUGGCAUCCAUGAUCCAGGACGACAAGAAGGCAACCAACACAGCGGAGAAGCGUGUGAAUAUACAGGAAAGUCCGCCGACAAGCAAAUCCCAGCCAGCGUCACCGCCACGCACCACUGAUGAUAUAAUACAGGAAAAUCGACGUAAACUUCGCGAGAAAUUGACGCCCACAAAGAAGGUGUCGGGGGAGGCAAAACCCACCAAGCAAAGCACGGUGGAUAAGGAGCGGGAGAAGGCGGGCAAGAAGCCGCGUGUUUGGGAUCUGGGUGGCAAUUCCAAGGAUGCUGUGCUGCUCGAUCGCUCCAAGGAUGCACCCGAAGAUGUGCAGCUUCAGACUAUCAACAAUGAGCUGGUGGGCACCAUGCAGGGUAGCAUAAGGGACCUGGAUGUGGAGAGCGACACGGAUGGAGCGGACAGCGAGGCCAGCGUAGACAGUGAACUGGAGGAGAAGCAACAGAAACAGAGGCAGACUCAGCAACAGCAACGUAAUCAGCGAAAGGCCAAGGGCGGCGGCCUCCUAUCCUACUUCAAGGGCAUUGUCGGUGCCAAGACUAUGACGCUUAACGACUUGCAGCCGGCGCUGGAGAAGAUGCGCGAUCAUCUAAUCUCGAAAAAUGUGGCCUCUGAAAUCGCCGCGAAGCUAUGCGAUUCGGUGGCCACUUCGUUGGAAGGCAAGCAAAUGGGUACCUUCGAUAGCAUUGCGAACAUGGUCAAAGAGGCGCUGACCCAGUCCCUGGUGCGGAUUCUGUCGCCCAAGCGUCGCAUCGAUAUUAUACGUGAUGCACUGGAAUCGAAGCGUAAUGGACGUCCAUAUACGAUCAUCUUCUGUGGUGUGAAUGGCGUUGGCAAAUCCACAAAUUUGGCCAAAAUUUGCUUUUGGCUGAUUGAGAAUGAUUUCAGUGUAUUGAUCGCUGCCUGUGACACGUUUCGAGCUGGCGCCGUGGAACAAUUGCGCACACACACAAGACACUUGAAUGCACUGCAUCCGGCAGAGAAGCACAAGCAGCGUACCAUGGUGCAGCUCUACGAGAAGGGCUAUGGCAAAGAUGCGGCUGGCAUCGCCAUGGAGGCUAUCAAAUAUGCGCACGAUACAAAAGUGGAUGUGGUGCUAGUGGAUACGGCUGGACGAAUGCAGGACAAUGAGCCACUGAUGCGUUCACUCUCCAAGCUAAUCAAGGUGAACAAUCCGGAUCUGGUGUUGUUUGUGGGCGAGGCGCUUGUUGGCAACGAGGCGGUCGAUCAGCUGGUCAAAUUCAAUCAAUCUCUGGCAGACUACUCAUCCAAUGAGAAUCCCCAUAUCAUCGACGGCAUCGUUCUGACCAAAUUCGAUACGAUCGACGACAAAGUAGGCGCCGCCAUCUCCAUGACCUAUAUCACGGGCCAGCCGAUUGUGUUCGUUGGCACUGGACAAACCUAUGCAGACCUCAAGGCCAUCAAUGUGAAUGCUGUCGUGAAUUCACUGAUGAAGUAGUUACACCUGGAGCACCGAUCAAGCUGGAGCUGUUGCCAUUGCUUGAUCCGCCUUUACGUGACCCAAUUAAAUUGAUGUUAAGCUGGACGGACUCAAGGACUACUGACAAGGACAACACCAA